GUUGAGAUCAAGCGCUGCUGCUUAGCAGACCCAGUGCCUCCCAGUACCAUUUAGUAUCCUGUGAUCUGAAGAACAAGGCACAUACCUCUCUCUGCUCUCAGUCUGGGUUAUGUAUGGGGGAGCAUCUGUAUAAUAAUUCCUCUGCUGAUGAAUUAUAAGGAAUGAAGUGAUCUCUCCCUCCUCCCCCACCUCUUUCAGUUGCUGAUUGGCGUGGGCAGAUGGAGCUGCUCGCAGAGACCGGACCCUACCGGGGAGAUAGACUCAGCAGAUCAGACCUUACCUAGGAUGAAUACACCGGCUGCAGAUCCCUUGUGAGCUCAUGGAGAGCAGCGCUGGGCUGAAUGCUCUGUGAUUCCUCUUCCACUCCCUCAAACACUGCAGUGCUGACCUAGGGAUGGUAGCACUAGUAUGGGAUAACCAUGUUUUCCAGGAAAGGGAUUAUUCCUGAGGAGUAUGUGCUGACCACCCGCUUGGCAGAAGACAUCAAUGAACCCAGGUACAAGGAAAAACAGAGGAGAGCCAGGUUUGUGUCUAAGAAUGGGACCUGCAAUGUGGCUCACAAGAACAUCAGGGAACAAGGACGUUUUCUGCUGGAUGUAUUUACCACGGUGGUUGACCUUAAGUGGCAUUAUACUCUUCUCAUAUUCACCAUGUCUUUCCUGUGUACGUGGCUUCUGUUUGGUAUGAUCUGGUGGCUUAUUGCCUUUGCCCAUGGGGAUAUGGAUAUUAAUGAAGAGGGGUUUGUCCCUUGUGUGACUAGUGUCCAAUCAUUCACAGCAGCCUUUCUAUUUUCUAUAGAAGUUCAGGUAACCAUUGGGUUUGGGGGCAGGAUGAUAACCGAGGAGUGCCCGUCGGCCAUCCUGAUUCUUAUUAUCCAGAAUAUAGUGGGUCUGGUCAUUAAUGCCAUUAUGUUGGGUUGUAUCUUCAUGAAAACUGCCCAGGCCCAUCGCAGAGCAGAGACCCUCAUCUUCAGCAAGCAUGCUGUUAUUGCCCUCAGGAACGGUAAGCUCUGCUUCAUGUUUAGAGUUGGAGACUUGAGGAAAAGCAUGAUCAUUAGUGCCACUAUUAAUAUGCAGGUGGUAAGAAAGUCCACCAGUGUUGAAGGGGAAGUAAUACCACUUAACCAAAUAGAUAUUCAGAUGGAAAACCCGAUAAGCACUAACGGCAUCUUUUUAGUCUCCCCACUUAUCAUAUGUCACACCAUCAACAAAGACAGUCCAUUAUAUGAUUUAGCACCCAAUGAACUCACCCACCUUGAAGAUUUGGAGAUCAUUGUUAUUUUGGAAGGAGUUGUGGAAACUACAGGUAUAACAACCCAAGCCAGGACUUCCUACUUGGCAGAUGAGAUCCUUUGGGGGAAAAGAUUUGUUCCCAUAGUAGCAGAAGAAGAUGGCAGAUAUUCUGUAGACUACUCCAAAUUUGGCAAUACUGUUAAAGUACCCACUCCAAACUGUUCUGCCAGACACCUAGAGGAAAACAGGAUUACAAUAGACCCACUUACAUUCUCACCAAGAAACACUGUGAGAAAAAGAAAUGUGUCUAUGAAGGUAAAACCAAAGUUUACUUUGUUUGAAGAAGAUUCCUGACAUCAUAAAGAAUUUGCCUUAUUUGACAUCAGACAUAUUUAACUCUUUGCUUAUCCUUUUAAGGGAUGGAUAUUAUGCACUGAGAGUCAUACUUCAUGUGGGACUGGAGUUAAUAUAUUUAUGCAGUAUUUGAAUUGAAAGACUUUUUUUUUUCAGAGUCAUUUAUAUUAUAACUACAUGGGUAGAUCUACAAUAGGUUUUCAUAUCUUAUUUGUUUAGUUAUCCCCCUAUACUUUACACUCCAUGUUUUUCCUGUAUUGAGAUUAAGCACAUCCUCAGAAUAUCACAUCCCUGUGAAUGUGACAUAAGAAACCUUGCAGUCAUUUGGACUGUGUGGAAAUAAAGGAGCAGGCUUGAAACAUAUGGUGCAGGAUAAAUUUAGACAGUGAUGUCAAAUGUCUUAAAAGAAAACAACAUUAGCAAACUUGCUUAUCAUAGCACAACCUUGUAUGGGUGCCCAAGCAUGCUGGGGUUUUUUGUAUUACUGAAAUUUAAAUUAUUUAUUUAUAACAUGACUUGCAAUAAACAGUGGCCUUUAUAAACAUUUUAAUACAAA